AAUCUAAGCCGUACGCCGCACCUCCUUCGCCACAUUUUGUUUACUUGCGGCACUCCGGAGGUAUUCCUCCACGUAUUUCUUAGCCGCGUCUUAUCUCUUUCGUGCCAGUAAUUUCAACAUCUUAGGUGUGUUUGUGUCAAUCGUCGGACGAAAUGAAUGAAAUCUGGUGUUUUGCACGAAAAUGACUCGAGUUUUGUGAAAAAUCAACGGAGGCCCGCGCCCGGAAUCAGGGGGCCCUCAAAAUGACGUAACGCCGCCACUGGACGGAAGUUCGUAUCUUUCACCAUUUCCUCUCGAUUGAAACCUAGUCAUUUUUUCACAUAACCAGUGAUUGCGGAGAAAUGGAACAGGAAGAGGAUAUUGUGGAUUCGGUGUUUGUGACCAAAACGGUGAAAAAAGUGCCCUCGAUCGAGGCCCUCAACAGCGAAAUGCCCGGAAAAAAUUUACAGAAGGAGAGGGGGCGCAAGAUGCUCAAAACACUGCUGAAUCGGCUACGGCUGAGGAAGUCGGCCAGUGUGACCAUCUCGCUUCCGGACCCCACCUACAGGGUCGCCUACCUGGGCAACGUCGUCACAGGAUGGGCCAAAGGUGACGGCUGUGUGGAAAAGCCGUUAGCGACCUUAUGGCGUAACUACACGCAAUCGUCCCGUCCCGACGUCCGCAUGCAGCUCACUGUGAGCAGCGGCGGCCUCAAAGCCACCACCAAAGACCACGGCCUCACCGAAUACUGGGCCCACCGUCUCACCACCUGCUCCGCCCCCGCCCAAUUCCCGCGCCUCUUCUGCUGGGUGUACCGCCACGAGGGCCGCCGCCUCCGGCACGAACUCCGCUGCCACGCGGUGCUCUGCCCCUCGGCCGCCAUCGCCCGCCUCAUCGAAACCCAGCUCAAGCAAGCCCUCGCCCUGGCCUUGGCCGAGUUCAAACGCGACAAAAUCUCGCGGCAAAACGCACGACUCUCCCUUGUUAACUCGGUCUACGACAACCCCACCAUCCCCAGGAGGAAAAUCCUGCUAAGUACGGGCUCCCACAACUACAAGCCGCCCUUGGAGCGGUCGAAAUCCGCCCCGAAGUUAACCAGCAUCGAGGAAAUUAUCGAGGAGGAGGAAGAGACUCCUGAACCGAGCAAAAACGUGUACAAGAAGAUUCUGCGGCAUUAUGACAGCACGAGUGCUUUGCUCGACAAGCGAAAAACUUUCGUCCGGAGGCUGCAAGUACCUGACGUCCGUGAGGACGACAAAGAGCUGACUCUUGACGAGAAAAGCGACAUGAUUUUGGAGGAGCUGGUGCAGAAUUCGCUCCGGAACGACCUUUUGGAGUCGUGUGAAAGGGCCUGGUUUAACGCUUUGGGGGAGAAGCCCGACCUGGUGCCCCCUGAUAGUGACGAGGGGUCGUUGUCAAGCGGGUGUGAGUCGGCGUCCACGGUCACCUCUGACCUGGACCAGCCCGUUUUCCCGGCCAUCUCCGAGGAGGACGAGCCGAAAAAGACUGAUUUGGACUUCAAAGUUGGGGGCUGCGUGCUGGCCCGCGUUCGCAGCUUUGAGAGGGUUAACGCGUAUUGCGGUUUGAAGAUUCUGGGGAAUGAGGAGGUGUCGCUGGUGCCGGUGGGGGAGAGCCAGGCCGAUUUCAGUUCCUUGAAGGUGUUCAAGCGGAGGAGUUUGGACACGAGGGAGUUGUGUGAGGAGGAGGGCGAGAAUGAGAGUGCGUGUAGUGACGAGAGCGGGUACGAGGAGGAGGAGGUGAAUAGUUCGGUCGCUAAUAUUGUGCUAGUUUAGGGGUGGGGUUGGGGGAGUUGUGACUAUUGUAGUGUAUAUAUUGUAUAUAGUUUCACAGAAUAGAAUGUGAUGUUUUGUUGUAAUGUGUUACCAUUUGUGGUGUAGAUCGGGUGCACAUUUCUUAUUGUACCUCACUUCAGACAAAGUAUUUAUAUUGUUAUUUGACAAUGAUAUUGUGUAUUAAAUAAAUAUUUGAGGAAAA